AUGAGGACGAUAAUCCUUUUAGAGAUCCUACUAUUGUUAGCAAGUAAUGCCUUGGCCCUGUCAGGUAUCAUCACGGAUCCCAAUCAAGUCAACGGUCAAUCUUUCGACUACGUCAUCGUUGGUGGUGGAUUGGGAGGCUUGGUGGUGGCUAAUAGACUUUCCGAGGACUCGUCGAUUACAGUUCUGGUCAUCGAAGCAGGGGGAGAUGAUAGAACCAAUGAUAAAGUUUAUGACCCAUAUCAAUAUUCGGCCGCGUUCUCCACACCUCUCAACUGGGCCUGGCCUUCGAGUCAGGGAAGGACGAUAAAUGGAGGGAAAACGUUAGGAGGAUCAACUUCGAUUAAUGGAUUGGCUCAGACUCGAGCGCAGAAGGAUCAAUAUGAUGCUUUGGCGACUUUAUUGAACGGUGAUGACGCCGAUGGGAAAUGGACAUGGGAUGGGAUGUUUGCUGCUAUGUUGAAGAGUGAAGGUUUUUCAGGUCCUAACGAUAACCAACAAGCCGCCGGAGCAUCACAAAACCCCGCUUAUCACAGCACUACCGGUCCACUCCAAGUCACUUACCCUGAUGACAUUUACCAAGGUCCUCACCAGAAAUAUUUCAAACAAGUCAUCUCUACCAAUUUCUCAGUUCCCGCUUCCGUCGAUGCUGAUGGUGGUGAUGCCGCUGUAGUUGCUUUUCAUCCUAACACCAUCGAUUGGCAUGAUAGCGAUCAUCGUUCUUCUUCCGCCACGGCAUAUUGGUCUCCUAUAGAAGGGCAAAGAGAAAAUAUCGCUAUUUUGAUAAACCAACAAGCCACCAAAAUCCUCUUUAACACUGGUACUCCUGUACAUGCUACAGGGGUACAGUUUGGGUCUUCGGACGGAUCCAGGUAUGAGGUCGAUGCGAAUCGUGAAGUCAUCGUUUCUGCGGGUGCUAUACAAAGUCCUGCUUUGUUACAGUUGUCAGGUAUUGGCGAUCAAGGAUUGUUACAAUCGGUAGGAAUAGAUGUGGUGCUCGAUCUUCCAGGAGUGGGAAAGAAUCUACAAGAACAGACCCUUGAUUCGAUAGGUUGGACAUUGGUAGAUGGUUUCAAUCCCGAUGGUAGAGGACCAAGUGAUUGUAUAGCUUAUCCAAAUCUUGAUGCUUUGUUCGGCUCGAAUGCCUCGGCAAUAGCAGACACCAUAGACAACAAUCUUCAAUCAUACGCCGACGACGCAGCGCAAGCAGGUGCAGUCAUCUCAUCCGACGCAGCUAUGAACAUUUUCCGAAUACAACAAGAUCUAAUGGUCAAUAAAGGAGUAGGAUUAGCUGAAAUGUUCUUCGAUACUGGGUUCCCUAAUGGUGGUUUGGGUGUUGAUAUGUGGCAACUCCUACCGUUUUCAAGAGGGACAGUAUCUAUCACUUCGACUGAUCCAUUCACUUAUCCAGCCGUUGAUCCGCGUUAUUUCGCAGCAGAUAUAGAUAUGCAAAUCCAAGUAGCAGGAUUACGUCUUUCUCGUAAAGUAUUCCAAGCAGCUCCACUACGUUCAAUAGUAACAUCUGAAAACGCACCUGGUUUCAAUACAGUUUCCGAUGAUUCAGAUGGUGGACCAGAAGAUCAAUGGCGUCAAUGGAUUUUAGAUGGUUUCGCUUCGGUUCAUCAUCCCAUCGCUACUUGUUCCAUGAUGGCUCAAGAAUAUGGUGGUGUGGUAGGAUCAGAUUUGAAAGUUUAUGGGACGGAUAACCUAAGAGUGGUGGAUGCUAGUGUUUUACCUAUGCAGAUAUCGGCACAUUUGGCGGCUUCGUUAUAUGGUUUAGCGGAGAAUGCUGCGGAUAUAAUCAAAGCUGCUCAGUGA